UACUUUCUUUUCUCUCUAUCCCUAGCCUUUGCUUAAGGUCCCCCCCAGUCCCCUGUCCGCAUUGUACUUCCACACAUCUGCGAAACCUUCCUUAUUCGUCCACCCAUCUGAUCCUGCUAGCUUGGACGCCUCCAGAUCCUAGAUUGGCCUGCAUAUCUCGUACGGAGAUUAGUGAUUCGGAAUCUUAUUCAAAUAUCAACCUUCGUCCCAACUUCGAGCACAGGUUUUGUCUUGCCGCUUCUAAGUUUAUCACAUCGACAUACCUUAACAGGUUCGACUGCUCUCUCCUUAGGUUUCCGAAAUAUCGGACCUUGCCCAUCAUCCCUUACAACUCCCCAUCCAAACCUUUUCAGGUUUUCCAGGUUUUCAUCCCUUGGGUUGUCUACUCAUUAUACUUCAACAUCCGUGAUGGGACUUAGAAGCGUGCUGGUCGGGGUGGCCCUCCUCGGUAGCUUAGCUGAUGCCGCGUCAAGCUUUAGUCCUGCAAGGCCUCCUGCAAUUCCUCUGGCUGUUAAGUCGCCAUACCUCAACUCGUGGUUAAAUGUCGGUAGCGACGGUGGGAACGGAGGUUAUCUUGCUGGUGAAUGGCCAAAGUUUUGGAGUCAACAGAUUACUGGCUGGGCGGGAUUUAUCCGUGUAGAUGGAAAGGCGUACAACUGGCUAGGCGCACCGCCUGGCGCGGAUGUGGUAGAUCAAACUGAGUUCUCUUACACGUCGACACGAAGCACGUUUGUGAUGAACGUAGGCGGCAAGGUUGAGAUGAAUAUCACGUUCUUGUCGCCCGUAACGCCCUCUGAUCUGAAACGACAAUCUCUAGUAUUCUCUUACCUCGAUGUUGGUGUUCACUCUCUGGACGGCGCCAGCCAUGAUGUUCAGUUGUACGCUGACGUCUCAGCUGAAUGGGCUUCUGGUGACCUUAAUGCCAUUAUCGAGUGGGACUACCAAUCUGCCGAUGGAGUUGCAUACCAUCAGUUCGAGCGUCAGAACCAGGCGGCGAUUUCUGAGACUAACCAGCAAGCAAACUGGGGCACCUGGUUCUGGUCCACCAAAGAUGCGGAUAACCUCUCGUGGCAAAUCGGUGCCGACACUGACGUGAGAGGCGCUUUCCUCAACGAAGGUGUUCUUCCCAAUACCAAAGACACCAACUUCCGAGCUGUACAAGAUAACUGGCCGGUCUUCGGUUUCUCUAGCGACCUUGGUUCCGUCGGGUCGUCUACCGUUUCAACCUUGUAUACGCUUGGUAUGACACAGGACGGCGCAAUCAACCUCCUAGGCGAAGGCAGUGACCUCACCACUUAUCCUGCAUUAUGGCAGAGCUAUUUUGACUCGGCUGUUGACGCUGUGACCUUUUUCUACAACGACUACGACGAGGUUUCGGAGCUAUCUACGGACUUAGAUAACAAGGUGGCCUCGGACUCGCUAGCUGCUGCAGGCCAGAACUACUUGACCUUGACGAGCCUUAGUGUCAGACAGACGUUCGGUGCCCUACAAUUUACAGGAACCGACUCGGACCCUCUAGUGUUCCUCAAGGAGAUCAGCUCAAACAGUGACAUUCAAACCGUAGACGUCAUCUUCCCCGCCAUUCCGCUGAUCCUAUACACGAACCCCUCUCUCCUCGACUACAUGCUCAAGCCGUUGUUCCUCAACCAGGAGAGCGGCCACUACCCCAACACCAACGCUAUCCACGACCUCGGUACUUUCCCCGUCGCUAAGGGCUAUCCUAAUGGUGACGAUGAGCUCAUGCCGCUAGAAGAGUGCGGUAACAUGAUCAUCAUGGUGCUCGCGUAUGCGCAACGCACCGAUGACAAUGCUUACCUUGCCCAGCACUACCCCAUUCUGAAGCAAUGGGCGGGCUACCUCGUAGACGAGGCCUUGAUCCCCGCGGACCAAAUUUCAACAGAUGACUUCGCAGGUUCUCUAGCUAACCAGACGAACCUGGGACUCAAGGGAAUUAUCGGUCUGAAGGCUAUGGCCGAGAUUUCCGAACGUACGGGCAACGAUGACGACGCCAAGUCGUUCGGCGACACAGCGAAGUCGUACAUUGAGCAGUGGCAGGGAUUUGGAGUGAACACGGCAGCGGACCCGCCGCACGCGACACUAAGCUAUGGAGACGACGAUUCCCACGGGUUACUCUACAACUUGUACGCCAACUCACUGCUGGGAUUUGGAGAUUUUGUGCCGAAGUCUGUGUAUGACAUACAAUCAGACUUCUACCCGACGGUAGCGCUCGAGUACGGUGUACCGCUCGACACGCGCCACACGUACACAAAGACGGACUGGAUGUUGUGGGCUGCAGCUACCUCUAGUGAAGAGACCCGCGAUACCUUCAUCCGCCUCAUCGCUGGUUGGAUUGAUAUCACGCCUACUAACAAGCCACUCACUGAUCUUUACGAUGCUGCUACCGGCGAUUACCCCGGCGGCCUACAGUUCACGGCGCGCCCUGUGGCCGGUGGCCACUUUGCACUGCUAGCACUGCCGUAGCCAAAGCAUGCGGUAUAAAAAGGAGAUUUAUUUAAUUUUUCGUUGCCGCCUCAUAUCCCGGUACACUUCCGAUAUUUUAUAAAGAGGCGGAGAGACGGGACAUAAAAUCUAACUAUUUCUCACUAUAUUAAUUCCUGGCCUAUGCCUCCCCUGUCCUCCCGCUUCGCAACCGUCGCUCCUCUCUCACGCAUAUAUUAUCUUCACCUGUUCAGAAGUGCGUAGCUACCUGACUACGUCCUCCUGUUCUGUUCAUACGUUAUUAUACCCAAACAUUCGCUCCCAAGGUAUGGAAGCGGUCUAAGCUACGCGCGUAUAUGUUAGACGUGCUGGGACGA